CGCCCUUAAAGAGCCCGCCGGGCCGCCACGCGCACCAGCCCCUGCCCGGCCAGCAGCAGCAGCAGCAGCAGUAGCAGCAGCAGGAGGUGCGCCUGCCACCCCAUCGCAUCGGCUCCGCCCGGCCGGGGCAAGGGCUGGAACUUCCUGGAGGUGCGUCCCUUCCCGGCCUUCACUGCAUCCCUCGCUAUGAAAGUGCUGCUCUUUGCCGUUCUGGUUGACAUCUGCCUGCCCUCCUUAAUACCAGAACAGGAGAAGAACCCCCACUUCUGGAGACGGCAGGCCCAGGAGACGCUGCGGAGGGCCCUGAAGCUGCAGCAGCUCAACACUAAUGUGGCCAAGAACGUCAUCCUCUUCCUCGGCGACGGCAUGGGGGUCUCCACGGUGACUGCCGCACGCAUCCUGAAGGGGCAGCUGCAGCACAGGAAGGGGGAAGAAACUGUGCUGGAAAUGGACCGCUUUCCCUUUGUAGCCCUGUCCAAGACAUACAAUACCAACGCGCAAGUCCCCGAUAGUGCCGGCACUGCCACGGCUUACCUGUGUGGGGUGAAGGCCAACGAGGGGACCGUGGGCGUCAGCGCAGCUGUGACGAGAUCCCAGUGCAACACCACGGCAGGCAAUGAAGUGACCUCCAUCCUCAAGUGGGCGAAGGAAGCAGGCAAAUCCGUGGGCAUCGUCACCACGACACGCGUCAACCACGCCACCCCGAGUGCCGCCUACGCACAUUCUGCCGACCGGGACUGGUACUCUGAUAACGAGAUGCCCCCUGAAGCCAUUCAGCAGGGCUGCAAAGACAUUGCCCACCAGCUGUUUGAAAACAUCCCAGGGAUUGAGGUGAUUAUGGGUGGAGGACGGAAGUACAUGUUUCCCAAGAACACCAGUGAUGUGGAGUAUCCAAACGAGGAGAAGUAUAGGGGGACUCGGCUGGACAACAGAAACCUUAUUGGGGUCUGGAAGGAGCAGAAGCCCAAAGACAAGAGAGCCCAUUAUGUGUGGAACCGGACGGAGCUGAUGAACCUGGAUCUGGACAAAGUUGACUAUUUAUUGGGCUUGUUUGAGCCAAUGGAUUUGAUGUAUGAACUGAACAGGAACAAUGAAACAGAUCCUUCCCUGACGGAAAUGGUGAAGGUGGCCAUCAAAAUCCUCCAGAAGAAUCCCCAAGGUUUCUUCUUGCUGGUGGAAGGGGGCAGGAUUGACCACGGCCACCACGAAGGGAAAGCCAAGCAGGCGUUGCAUGAAGCAGUGGAGAUGGACCGGGCCAUUGGGCUGGCUGACGUCAUGACCUCGUCACAGGAAACCCUGACUGUUGUUACUGCUGACCACUCCCACGUUUUCACUUUUGGGGGCUACACGCCCCGCGGCAAUCCGAUUUUUGGACUGGCCCCCAUGCAGAGUGACGUUGACAAGAAACCGUUCACCUCUAUCCUCUAUGGAAAUGGCCCCGGAUACAAAACAGUGGCCGGAGAGAGAGAGAACGUGUCCUGGGUGGACUUUGCUCACGCCAACUACCAGGCACAGUCUGCCGUUCCCUUGCGGCAGGAAACUCACGGUGGUGAAGAUGUUGCCGUCUUUGCCAAGGGCCCCAUGGCCCACCUCCUCCAUGGCGUCCAUGAGCAGAACUACAUACCCCACGUGAUGGCAUAUGCGGCCUGCAUUGGCGAAAACAAAGGCCACUGCCAUUCUGGUGCCCCCCACAGCCUGUCAGCACCGCUUGCCAUGACCUCUGCUCUGAUCUGCUUCCUCCUGCUUAGUCUGGUCUUCUGAGAUGUGUCCUCAGACAUUUCAUUCCUCUUUAGGUGACCCAGGUGCCCCGACUGCCACAAAUACAGGCUUCUGCUCCACUCUGAGACUUCCUGCACCUGCAGCACCUAAUUUCGGUGAGCCCCACCAGAGCCGGCUGCUCAAUACUUCAAAGCAACUAUUUACUCUGUGCCGGAGCAGCUGGGGGUUUCUGUGCUAGACCACAAGGUCUGGGGGGUCUGAGUGAUGGAGGUCCCUGGACUUGAUGGGUUAGGAUCUGGGCUGGCCACAACAGUUGCAAAGGCAGGAAUGUUUUUUGCAUAUAAUUUCCUGCAUGAAGAUAACAAAGCUCCGGGCUCCGUUGGGAGGAAGGGGAGAAGGCCUGCCCUGCUGCCCUCUCUUUUCCUCUGCUUUGCCAAAGCGUUUCUUCAAGGAAAGUUCCAUCUGUUGUCAUAAAGACCUUGACUCCAAGCGCUUCUGAAACUCAGGCGGUCCAAAAGAUAAUGUGUUAUCUAUCAACUGUCCCCUUAACCCAUUCUACUUAUACUUGCUGAGUCCACAUUUUGUUGCCGAUUUACUUGCAAAUUGGAAGCAUCGUCUCCUUCAGGCAAAGGUCUCGCAACCUGCCCCUGAACUUUGGCACAAAAUAGCAGAGGAACUUGCAACAUGAGGAAAUCACAUCAGUCUUAUAAGACAAACCAAACCAAGGGCUGCAUACAGACAUACACAGAAUCAGGAAUUGCUGCAUUCUUGAAACAAACUCACCGCAUUCGUUCAUUUGUGACUCCUUCCCAUCACAAGGCCUAAACCUCUGCAGGAUCAAGCUCAGGGAAAAUCAGGUCUAAUAGUUUGCACAGUAACAGCAGCGUGUGCAUUGUUCUGACUGGCUAGUGCAUGUGCUACCAUGAAUCCCCUUUCCUAGAGCAGUUCUGCAGCAUGUCAAGGAAUUAUCCCUUGGUUAAAAUAAGGAAAGAAGGGGACAUCUGAUGGCUUUAAUGUAUAACUGGCACUUGGAAGAAAUAAAAAGGCAGUUGUCUUGAACUUGGGGGGUGAGAAGCAAGACAGAUAGCAGCAUGGAACUGCUAGUAAGUGUAUCUGUCCAAUGAGUUGUGAAGGAGAUUGGAAAAUGGGUCCAGUCCAUAGGAGAAAAAAAAAUCCACAAUGUGGGUCUGUACGUCCCCCCUGACAACCAGCUACUCUAUGCAAUCUUUUUGGAAAGUGUUUGUUUCUUGAUUUACCUAGAACACCUCCUUAAAUUUAGACUUCGUACCAAGUAUCCAUUCAUCUCCAUAUUCUUCUCUGAUGCAAUAGAAGCUGCUCGAACAACAAAACUGGAAAAGACCUGGAGGUUUCAACUAGCCCCACACACCCUGGCAAAACCCUUCACAUUCCAACCCCUUUUCAAUGAUCAAUACAUGAUUCCAUUGAUCUACUCAUUGCAAUGUGCCUUAAAAAGGAACAAGGAGUGAACAAGGAAUACGACAUUGGAGCAGAGGGGAGACCAUCAAAGAAGUCCCUGAGGGCUCAAACAAGCAGCCUCCUUCCAACAGGAGAAACUAGCCAGCAAUUCAUCCAACCACCAACCUUCCGUACCAUUCCAGUCUACCUGAGCACCCAGGUGUCAACAACGGCCUCCUCUGGCAUCUCAGGGACAUUAAAAAGCAACAACAACGCACUGCACACUCACAGUAGGAAAAGCCCAUCUUUUUGAUCAUGCAAGCUGAGGAGUGAGGGACUCCUCCCCACCCUGAAAUAACCAGCCACUUCUGCAGGCCGUGCCCUUGCGGGAAGGCAGAGGGUCUGAGGAUCUCUGCGCAGGGCAGCCCUUGGCCCCUUGCCCUCUGGGCACAGAAGAGCCACACAGAAGAGCCCAUUUCUGGGAGUCUGAUGUCAGGCAGAGGAUGUGCUGAUUGACGUUAAGAGAUGACAGCAUCCCAUGGUGGCUGUUGCAAGAGUCCCUAAACUGAUUGACUUUGUGUUGACUGUUCACAUAUUUUUUUAAAGGUGUUAAAAAAAAUAAAACUAUUUUGGAACAC